CGACUCUUUCCGUGCCCCUCGUCACCGCUGUCCCCAUUUCGUUCGCGCAAUCUGCGUUUCUAUCUUGCCAUGAGCAGCCUGUCGUCGUUCUUCUCGUCGUUCCUGCCCGUCGCGCACGCGGACGCGCCGCCCCCGGAGGUGGAGGCGCAUAAGGAGGAGGCGACGCCUGACGAGCCGGAGGAGGGCGCGGAGGAGGGGGGUGAGGCCGAGGCCGAGGAGGAGGAGGAGGAGCCGGAGGACAUCCUGCCUGCGCUCCGCGAAGAGUGCGAGGAGUCGGCGAAGUGCAAGUCGGCGACGGAGCACUUCCGGCACUGCGAGGAGAGGGUCAGCUCCGGCAACGGCCACAAGCACGAGGACUGCAUCGAGGAAUUCUGUGCGUAUGUUGUCAUUUUGUUUGGGCUACCCGCUGACCUGCCACGAACGCCUGUCUUUCGCAUGAUGCACUGCGUCGACGGCUGCGUCGCGCCCAAGCUGUUCGCGAAGCUCAAGUAGAGGCCGCACCUCCACGCACAGACGUAGUCUUAGAGCUAGAUUAUGGCACGCAGUGUGGUAGGACGACAUGUCUGGACGGACUGACGCGACUAUGCCGCUCCGAAAAUUAUAAUUGGUUUUCAUCAACUC